AUCUGGGCUACACACGUUUUGAACAACAUCAGGAGCAUCACCAAACUGCAUGGCUGCUCACUUAUCUCCCUCUUCUUCCUCUUCAUCAUCCACACUGUCAUUCUCAUCAGACCGCUACACUGGGAAGUGUUACUGUAAACAGUUCAGUCGUGUAUGUUACGGAGCCCAUUCUUCCAUAUGGGUUCCCAAAAUUUUUUCAAGAAUCCAUUCAAGAAAUCCUUCUGAUCUUAAUUCCUCCAAUGGGUACCCUCUAAAUGCAGUUUCCUUGCAAGAUGGUUCAAUGUCAAAGCCCUUAGCAGAAGAAGUACCUGCCUCAAGGCCUGGGGAAGCAGAGACCACUCUCAGCAUAACUGUUGUUGGUGCUUCAGGGGACCUUGCCAGGAAGAAGAUUUUCCCCGCACUGUUUGCCCUUUUUUAUGAAGACUUUCUGCCUGAGAACUUCAUAGUCUUUGGUUAUGCUCGGACCAAAAUGACUGACGAGGAGCUGAGAAACAUGAUUAGCACAACCUUAACAUGUAGAGUUGAUAAAAGAGAAAAUUGCGCAGACAAAAUGGAACAAUUUCUUAUGAAAUGUUACUAUCAUUCUGGUCAAUACAGUUCUGAGGAUGACUUUGCAAAACUGGACUGCAAGCUCAAAGAAAAAGAGGGUGGUAGUCUGUCAAAUAGGUUAUUUUAUUUAUCAAUACCGCCAAACAUAUUUGUGGAUGCGGUGAAAUGUGCUAGCAAUAAAGCUUCUUCAGUAAGUGGCUGGACAAGGGUCAUAGUGGAAAAGCCUUUUGGACGUGAUUCAGAAUCCUCUAGAGAACUGACCAGAUGUCUAAUGCAGUAUCUAUCUGAGGAUCAAAUAUUUCGAAUUGACCAUUACCUGGGAAAGGAACUUGUUGAGAAUCUGUCAGUGCUUCGGUUCUCAAAUCUGGUUUUUGAGCCUCUUUGGUCAAGAAAUUACAUACGCAAUGUGCAAUUUAUCUUUUCUGAAGAUUUUGGUACUGAGGGACGAGGAGGAUACUUUGACAACUAUGGGAUUAUACGAGAUAUCAUGCAAAAUCAUCUGUUGCAAAUAUUAGCAUUGUUCGCAAUGGAGACACCGGUUAGCUUGGAUGCUGAGGACAUUAGAAAUGAAAAGGUCAAGGUUUUGAGAUCAAUGAGGCCACUGCAGCUUGAAGAUGUGAUUGUUGGCCAAUAUAAGGGACACAGCAAGGGUGGUAAAUCCUAUCCGGGAUAUAUAGAUGAUCCAACUGUGCCAAAAGACAGUGUUACUCCUACUUUUGCUGCUGCAGCUCUAUUUAUUAAUAAUUCUCGCUGGGAUGGAGUUCCAUUCCUGAUGAAGGCAGGCAAAGCUCUCCAUAUUAGAAAAACUGAGAUUAGAGUCCAGUUUAGACAUGUCCCCGGUAAUUUGUAUAAAUGGAAUUUUGGAACUGACUUGGAUAAGGCUACCAAUGAGCUAGUGCUUCGAUUACAACCAGAUGAAGCCAUAUAUUUAAAGAUCAACAACAAGGUUCCAGGUCUUGGCAUGAGACUGGACCGCAGUGACCUUAAUCUUCUUUAUAGUGCCAGGUAUAGAAGAGAGAUACCAGAUGCCUAUGAAAGACUCCUCCUAGAUGCAAUAGGAGGAGAAAGAAGGUUGUUUAUUAGAAGUGAUGAGCUUGAUGCUGCGUGGGCACUAUUCUCACCAUUGCUGAAAGAACUUGAAGAGAAGAAAAUUGCUCCUGAGCUGUAUCCAUAUGGCAGCAGGGGACCAGUUGGAGCAUAUUAUCUUGCUGCAAAGCACGAUGUCAGGUGGGGUGAUCUUGCUGGUGAGGAUUAGUUGCCAGCUGAAAACUUUCCUAUUAGAAUUCAUACUUGAACUAUAUGUGCAGUCUCCUUGUUUCAGUCUCUAGUCAGAGUUUGUGUUAAGUAUGGAUGUGAAGUUUUGCUUGACACUAGAUAAUCGUUCUUAGGGUCAUUCAAGAUUGUUAAAUACGUAAAACUAUGUCAUUUGAAGUUAAUAAUAAUCAAAGUAAUUGUUCUUUCAUCA